CGGCGGCGGUGGCGGCGGCCGUCAGUGUGCGCUGAGGAGAAGCCCGGAACGGACCCUUUGGCUCUCCCUCUCCGCUUCGCCGCCCGAGCCGUCUUCUCCCUGGACUCACCGGGCGUCAGUUCUCUACUCCGCAGAGCCGCUCUCCACCACGCCGCCCUUCUCGUCGCUCGGCCGGGUUGGGAAGUGACUGCCCUCGAGGAGGAGGAGGAGGAGGAGGAGGAGGAGGAGGCAGCGGCUGCCGCCCUCGCCUCGCCGCCCCCGGUUCGGUGCCCGCGGUCCCGGGGAGGAGGUGCCGCCGCCACCGCCGCUCCCCCCCUCCCGCUGCCCUCGGGCCGGGCUGGGUCGAGCUGCGAUGCCCUCGGACUUCAUCUCCUUGCUCAGCGCGGACCUAGACCUGGAAUCGCCCAAGUCCCUGUACUCGCGAGAUUCUCUGAAGUUACACCCAUCACAGAAUUUUCAUAGAGCUGGACUAUUGGAAGAAUCUGUCUAUGAUCUUCUCCCAAAGGAGUUACAGUUACCUCCACCUAGAGAAACUUCUGUAGCAUCAAUGAGUCAGACAAGUGGUGGUGAGGCAGGCUCGCCUCCUCCAGCUGUAGUUGCUGCUGAUGCUUCUUCAGCUCCCUCCUCUUCCUCCAUGGGCGGUGCUUGCAGCUCCUUUACCACCUCUUCCAGCCCUACCAUUUAUUCUACCUCAGUCACCGACAGCAAGGCUAUGCAAGUGGAGAGCUGCUCCUCAGCCGUGGGGGUAAGUAACAGAGGGGUAAGUGAAAAGCAGUUAACCGGUAACACAGUUCAGCAGCAUCCAUCAACCCCGAAGAGGCACACAGUUUUGUACAUCUCACCACCACCUGAGGACUUGCUGGAUAACAGUCGGAUGUCCUGCCAGGAUGAGGGGUGUGGAUUGGAAUCUGAGCAGAGCUGCAGUAUGUGGAUGGAGGAUUCCCCCUCCAACUUCAGUAACAUGAGCACCAGUUCCUACAAUGAUAACACUGAGGUACCUCGUAAAUCACGAAAACGAAAUCCAAAGCAGAGGCCGGGGGUCAAACGACGAGAUUGUGAAGAAUCUAAUAUGGAUAUAUUUGAUGCCGACAGUGCCAAAGCACCUCACUAUGUGCUUUCUCAGCUUACCACGGACAACAAAGGCAACUCAAAAGCUGGAAAUGGAACAUUGGACAACCAAAAGGGAACUGGAGUAAAGAAGAGCCCUAUGUUGUGUGGACAGUAUCCGGUUAAAAGUGAGGGGAAGGAACUGAAGAUAGUUGUACAGCCUGAAACCCAGCACCGAGCUCGGUACCUGACAGAGGGCAGCCGAGGCUCAGUAAAAGACAGAACACAGCAAGGCUUUCCGACAGUGAAGCUGGAAGGUCAUAAUGAACCAGUAGUGUUGCAGGUGUUUGUGGGCAAUGAUUCUGGUCGAGUGAAACCACAUGGAUUUUAUCAAGCCUGUAGGGUAACUGGACGAAAUACGACUCCCUGCAAAGAAGUGGACAUUGAAGGUACCACUGUUAUAGAAGUUGGCCUUGAUCCUAGCAACAACAUGACGCUGGCGGUGGACUGCGUAGGAAUCUUGAAGCUGAGGAAUGCUGAUGUUGAAGCCAGAAUAGGAAUUGCUGGUUCCAAGAAAAAGAGCACUCGUGCCAGAUUGGUUUUUCGAGUUAAUAUCACAAGGAAAGAUGGCUCCACUCUGACAUUGCAGACACCCUCUUCUCCCAUUUUGUGUACUCAGCCAGCAGGAGUUCCUGAAAUCUUAAAGAAAAGCUUGCAUAGCUGUUCAGUAAAAGGAGAGGAAGAAGUGUUUUUAAUUGGGAAGAACUUUCUAAAAGGAACUAAAGUUAUUUUUCAGGAAAAUGUUUCUGAUGAAAACUCUUGGAAAUCAGAAGCUGAAAUAGACAUGGAAUUGUUUCAUCAGAACCAUCUUAUUGUGAAAGUUCCCCCAUAUCAUGACCAACAUAUAACUUUGCCUGUAUCAGUGGGAAUAUAUGUUGUGACCAAUGCUGGAAGAUCUCAUGAUGUUCAGCCAUUUACUUACACUCCAGACCCAGCAGCAGCUGGUGCUUUGAAUGUAAAUGUGAAAAAGGAGAUAUCUAGUCCAGCAAGACCUUGCUCUUUUGAAGAAGCCAUGAAAGCAAUGAAAACGUCUGGAUGUAACCUAGAUAAAGUAAACAUUCUUCCUAAUGCCCUGAUCACUCCACUCAUGUCAAGCAGUAUGAUUAAGACUGAAGAUGUUACUCCAAUGGAAGUAACAGCAGAGAAAAGAUCUUCCCCUAUUUUUCAGACUACAAAGACAGUUGGUUCGACUCAGCAAGCUUUAGAAACUAUUCCUAACAUAGCAGGAAACGCGUCUUUUUCGUCACCAUCAUCUUCCCACUUACCUUCUGAAAAUGAAAAUCAGCAGCAGCUUCAGCCCAAGGCAUACAACCCAGAGACCCUGACAACUAUCCAAACACAGGAUAUCUCACAGCCUGGGACUUUUCCAGCAGUUUCUGCUUCUAGUCAGCUGCCCAGCAACGAUGCACUACUGCAGCAGGCUACACAGUUUCAGACAAGAGAAGCUCAGUCCAGAGAUACAUUACAGUCAGAUGGCACAGUGGUUAAUUUGUCACAGUUGACUGAGGCAUCACAGCAGCAGCAGCAGCAGCAGCAGUCCCCGCUGCAAGAACAAGCACAGACGUUACAGCAGCAGAUCUCAUCAAAUAUUUUUCCACCGCCAAAUAGUGUGAGCCAGCUUCAGAGUACCAUUCAGCAUCUGCAAGCAGGAAGUUUUACAGGGGGCACUGCUGGUGGCAGCAGUGGAAGUGUUGACUUGGUCCAGCAGGUUUUAGAGGCACAACAGCAGUUAUCUUCUGUUCUGUUUUCUGCUCCAGAUGGUAAUGAGAAUGUUCAAGAACAGCUUAAUGCAGACAUUUUCCAAGUCAGUCAAAUUCAAAGUAGUGUAAGCCCUGGAAUGUUUUCCUCAACAGAGCCUGUAGUUCACACCAGACCAGAUAACUUACUACCUGGGAGGGCUGACAGUGUCCAUCAACCGACUGAAAACACACUAUCUAAUCAGCAGCAGCAGCAGCAGCAGCAACAACAGCAAGUGAUGGAGUCAUCGGCUGCAAUGGUGAUGGAGAUGCAGCAGAGCAUUUGCCAAGCAGCUGCUGAACUAUUUCCUUCAGCUGCUUCAGCAAAUGGAAGCCUUCAGCAGUCCCCAGUUUACCAGCAGCCUUCUCACAUGAUGAGUGCACUGCCUACCAACGAGGACAUGCAAAUGCAGUGUGAGUUGUUCUCUUCUUCCCCUGCAGUUUCUGGAAAUGAAACUUCCACAACCACCACGCCACAGGUUACAACCCCUGGCUCCACUAUGUUUCAGGCGCCAAGUUCGGGAGAUGGAGAAGAAACUGGAGCACAGGCGAAACAAAUUCAGAACAGUGUCUUUCAGACCAUGGUUCAAAUGCAGCACAGUGGAGACAGCCAACCUCAAGUAAACCUCUUUUCAUCUACAAAAAAUAUAAUGAGUGUUCAGAAUAGUGGUACCCAGCAACAAGGGAAUAGCUUGUUCCAGCAAGGGAACGAGAUGAUAUCACUUCAGUCUGGGAACUUUUUGCAGCAGUCUUCUCAUUCACAGGCUCAACUCUUUCAUCCUCAAAAUCCUAUUGCUGAUGCUCAGAACCUUUCCCAGGAAACUCAAGGUUCAAUUUUUCACAGUCCAAAUCCUAUUGUCCACAGUCAGACUUCCACAGCGUCCUCUGAACAAUUGCAGCCUUCAAUGUUUCACUCACAGAAUACCAUCACUGUAUUACAAGGCUCUUCAGUUCCACAAGACCAGCAAUCACCCAACAUAUUUCUUUCCCAAAGUUCUAUGAAUAAUCUACAAACUAAUACAGUAGCCCAAGAAGAACAGAUUUCAUUUUUUGCAGCACAGAACUCAAUUUCUCCACUUCAGUCAACAUCAAACACUGAGCAGCAAGCUGCUUUUCAACAGCAGCCUCCAAUCUCACACAUCUCAACCCCUAUUCUUUCCCAAGAACAGGCACAAUCCACUCAGCAAGGUUUAUUUCAGCCUCAGGUGGCCCUGGGCUCCCUUCCAUCUAAUCCAAUGCCUCAAAGCCAGCAAGGAGCAAUGUUCCAAACACAGCGCUCAAUCGUUGGCAUGCAGAGUAACUCUCCAUCUCAGGAGCAGCAACAGCAGCAGCAGCAGCAGCAGCAACAACAACAGCAGCAGCAGCAGAGCAUUUUAUUCAGUAAUCAGAAUGCCAUGGCUACAAUGGCAUCUCAGAAGCAGCCACCACCAAACAUGAUAUUUAGCCCAAACCAAAACCCAAUGGCAAGUCAGGAGCAGCAGAACCAGUCAAUUUUUCACCAGCAAAGUAAUAUGGCCCCAAUGAACCAAGAGCAGCAGCCCAUGCAAUUUCAGAAUCAGCCUACGGUUUCUUCACUUCAGAACCCAGGUCCUACACAGUCUGAGUCACCACAGACCUCCUUGUUUCAUAGUUCUCCUCAGAUCCAGUUGGUACAAGGGUCACCUAGUUCUCAAGAGCAGCAAGUAACACUCUUCCUCUCUCCGGCAUCCAUGUCAGCACUGCAGACCAGUAUAAACCAACAGGACAUGCAACAGUCUCCUCUUUAUUCUCCUCAGAACAACAUACCUGGAAUCCAAGGAGCCACUUCUUCACCCCAGUCACAGGCUACUUUAUUUCACAACACUACAGGAGGCACAAUGAACCAACUACAGAAUUCUCCUGGCUCAUCUCAACAGACUUCGGGAAUGUUCUUAUUUGGCAUUCAAAAUAAUUGCAGUCAGCUUUUAACCUCUGGACCAGGUACCUUGCCAGAUCAGCUGAUGGCCAUAAAUCAGCCAGGCCAGACACAAAAUGAGGGCCAGGCUUCUGUGACAACACUUCUUUCUCAGCAAAUGCCAGAGACUUCCCCACUGGCCUCCUCUGUGAACAGCAGUCAGAACAUGGAGAAGAUUGAUUUGCUUGUUUCAUUGCAAAGCCAAGGGAACAAUUUAACCGGCUCCUUUUAAUGAGAUGCAAAUUCCAUGAAGAAAGUAAUGAUGAUUCCAAGAUGUCCUGAGAAAUUGUGGUUCUGUGAAGAUCAUUGAACUAUUGUGAAAACUAUAUUGGAGUAAAUGGGUAGAUUUCCUGACUGUGAGAACACACCCAUGCUGCCUGUUGCAGUAAUGCGCCACCAAUGUGCUUUUUGUUUCUAGUAACAGUGAUGACUGAGAAUCUGUUUGAUUUUUCCAGCUGACAGAAUUGUUGCUUUUGUCCUAGUUUUUUAAAUGCAAGGCUGGGCCUCUCAGUUAUUAUUGCUAUUAGAAAAUCAUAUUUGUCAUGUUUACUUACAUUCUUAUUUUUUUUCCUACAUUAUUUUAGUCAAGUAAUGGCUUAGGACAAAGUAAAGUAUAGUAAUGACUAAGGCUGUGAUUUUGUUGAUGUAAAAAGCGUGGAUGUUGGCCAAAGUGAAGGAGUUUCUUUCAGUUUUCAUGGAGAAGCUGGAAGGUAUAACUUACAAAAAAGCUGUAUUGAGAACUCUGUAGAUAAGAGGACUCCUCAUCACACACAUGCAGAUGACAUGCUUUCAAACUGGGUACAGCUGGAAUAUUACUGAGGUCAUUUUGUAGAGAGUUUUUAGUUCUCCGUAUUUAUGCUACGGGAUUUAGCCAUAACUGCAUAAAAAUAUUUUGUUCUAUGAAAAUGAAGGGAGUAAUAUAUGACAUUAUGUUCUCAUAUUCACCUUCAGUAGUUUAAACUGACAGAGUCAUUUGAGUCUGUUUUCCUCUAACCCAGCGUUAGGCUAGUGUUCCCAUUUUAUAUGCAUCUGUAUUGUUUUCCUCUUCAGUUUUAGACAGCUGUUAAUAUACCCCUGGCUUUAUGACCCUGUAGUAGUUUAGAGAAGGCAGCCACAUUGAUCCAGUGACCUGGCAGUCUGCAGCACUGGGCCAGGAAUACUCUUAGGAAUUAUUGGGAAUUGAUUCCUGAAAAAAAAAACAAUUCUCUCUCUCUCUCUUAUUUUUUUUCUUCCGUGAACGGUGCUGUUCUGAAGUCUUCAAAUUUUUCCCUCUAAUGAAAAACAGUAUAAAAUUUCACUUUACAAAUGAGGCAAACAAACAUUUCUCGAACUGUUAUUUCUCCCUGAGCUGCAGUGACGAUAAUUCACUUGUCACCUCAGUGCUUUACAGUCGAAGUGGUCACUUAAUCGAUGGGUCCCACAAGCCUUAGGCUUUACAGGGUCACCACAUUGAUGUAAAAAGAAGAGUUAACUUACGUUACAUCUACAGAGAGCAAAAUUACACACUCCAGAACUUGCAUUUGUAGCAUUAGUUGUAGAGUUUUGGGUGUUCUUGCCGCCUGUGUGGUGCCUGCUUCUCACUCCCACCUACAUCUGGACACAUGCUUAUGUCUCAUUUAUCUUUGGCAUGUGGAAAGUUUCAAUGCAGCAUGAGGCCAACAUGUGUGGCUUCUGUGUGUUGAUAUGUUUUGGUAUCCUAUUUGUUUCUUUUACUUACUUUAAGUGUCUAAAAAUUAGCCAGUUUGUAGUUUCUUUUCCUUAGCCUUAGUUUUCUUUCCAUUUUUUCUCUCCCUGUCCUACACAAUUGUUGAACUGUGUGGAGCUGUGGUGUUGGUUUGUUCAUAUGGUCAGAUUCCCCCUUUUGUGAUCUUCAUUUGUUCUUUGACUAUUGUUCUUGUCAUUUGCUUUCUCUUUGUUCUUCUUCCUCUGCCCUGACCCUUCCUUUCUCUUUCUGAGAGGCAUUGGAUUACGUUUUCAGUAGUACAGGCUUCUUGCCGAUAUGAAGGGAACUUUCCAGAAAGAGACCUACUCUGGUCAUUUAAUUUUGAAAACAGUUUUCAAUCGUUCAAGUUUUGGAUGGUUUAUAUCUAAUGUGUGUUUCAUUUUUUUGGAAAGCUAUAUUUUAUAUUUAGGAAAUGGUAUACUAUUUUGCUAUUUGUACUGAGUGAGUACAUUGGCAUAAAUAUAGAAAUUUAUAUAUAUAUAUAUAUAUACAUAUAUAAACUAUUCUUUUUGCCACACAUUUUUGUGGUAAAUUUGUGAGUUUGUCUGAUGUUCUACCACAACGUGGCGUCUGAUAACAGUGAGGGGUUUGUUAUGUCUUUAUUGAGUAUUUAAGUACCUUUUGAAACAAAUGGCCUGUUUAUCUGUAGCCAUUCCAUCAGGCAGUUCCUUGAUGUUACUAGUGAGCUAAAGGCAACGACUGUGUGUUUGCUGGAUCUCCACUCAGCAAGGUGUUAAAGAGCAAGGAAUCUUAUUGAGGUAGUGUCAAAUGGUGUUUGACAAGAAUGAGCCACUCUGUCUUUGUUCACUAUAUAUUUAAUAUUUUAUUAUUGUUGUUGUUAUUAAUUGGCUUUCUGUAUCCUAUGCCUUUUAUUUAUAAAGACACUAAAAAUACCAUGUUUGUAAUUUUAAUAACAUUUUCCCAUCUUUUAAUAUCCAGAACUACUUUAUAAAUUCUCUAAACCAAAAGUAUUUUCCUCAUUGUCUCCCUUCUCCCCCACUCCCUACAGGGAAGAGUCACCCAGCAUAGUUCAGGUUACGAUAAGAGUCAGCCACACAAUUCAGUGCUUCAGCUUUCAGAUGUACAACAGACACUAGCGUGUCUUAGAAGAGACAGGAGUCAGUGUUUAAAACUACAUUUAUUUCUGAGUUUUUAGAGUUACUUUCUGAGAUCAUGUAGGAGACUCAGGAAAUCUGAUUGUUCACCAAGAUCAAAUUAGAAUGUUACUACCGCACCAUGGAUGAAGUGCAGCAAGAAGUCUGGCUUGUGUGGUGACUUCUGUUUGUUCUGUACUAGAAGCUUAUCCUUAUAAAAUGCUGAUUGGCAAUGCCAAGUCACUGGGACCAAUUUCUGUUUUAUAAUGUCUGAGUUUAGAACAGAACAUCACCUGAACUGUAGUGGUUUGAGUGGAUGGAGGCAAACCCCCUCAUUUUUAGUCUCAUCACUUCUGUGGUUAUUUAUACAAGGGCUGUGCUGUGCUACCAUAUUCCUGUUCAGUAAUGAUGGAAGUUUAUUUGUUUUCUUACAUUGUUAAAUGUUCCUUGCCCCUAAAGGUCCGUGUUAAGUACAAUGUUCUGAAUAUAUGAUUUGGUUACAAGAAGUCUUUGUCUUCUUAUUGAAGAGUUAGCUCAGUGGUUGAUACUUGUGCUAAGAAUGCAGCUUCUCAGUUCCUGUUACAGUUACAACUGCCUGUGGGAAGACUCAGUGAGCCAGUAAAGACCUUGGGAAUCAGGAUUUAUUAAAUUUAUAUCUGGCAGAAGGACCUAAAUAAACUGUGAACUACAUUUUA